UAAAUCAUUAAAAAAAAGAGUAUAGAAAUGUUGUGAAUCUCAACAACAACAAAAAACCAAUAGUUAAUCGUCGAUGGACGCUAACAUCGGAAGCUUCUUUGAGUCUAUCGGAAACUUCUUCACCGGUGGCGAUCAGAUCCCUUGGUGCGACCGUGAUGUCAUUUUUGGGUGUGAAACAGAAGUUGCAGAGGCUUCUGAGGAUGGUUCUGAUGAGCGGAUAAAUGAGAGCUUAAUGAGGUUGUCAUGGGCACUUGUUCAUUCAAGGCAAAAAGAAGAUAUUCAUCGUGGGAUCGCCAUGCUUGAAACUUCUUUGGGCAAUGAUAGAAGUCCUUUGCAUCAAAGAGAGAAGCUUUAUCUUCUUGCUGUUGGGUACUACAGGACUAAUGAUUAUGGUAGAAGUCGGCAGCUUCUGGAGCAAUGUUUGGAGAUUGCACCUGAUUGGAGGCAGGCACUGUCCCUCAAGAAAACAGUCGAAGAACGAAUUGCAAAGGAUGGUGUAAUAGGAAUUGGCAUCACUGCAACAGCUGUGGGGAUUAUACUUGGUGGCAUUGCUGCAGCAUUGGCCCGAAAGAAUUGAAUAUAUACACAUGCUUGGAUAUUUGGUCUUUGUUUUAUUUUCAUUGGGAAACAUUCUAAAGUCAACAGGAAAUAAUCCUUUUAUUGACAGCUACAGCUCUUAACAUUUUUUAUUUGUUAACAGGAGAGUUAUAAUAUUUAACCAUACCCAUUAAACUAAAA